UCGAUUUUUUUUUUCGCUUUCAGAGAUUAUUUCGUACUUCAAGGGAGAUUGGGAGACCUACCGAACUUACAAAAAUCGGGAUUUUUAUUUUUUUUAUUUUUCUCGAAAAUUUUUGUUGCAAAGUUCAAACUUUUCUCGUUUGAUUAGUGGCUCCUUAUCUAAGUGUGAGUUGGGCGAUUAUCCCACCCACCCCUCCCCACCUAUGUUGUUGCCAUCUCUCACCUUGCCGUUUUUGUUUGUAUCCGGGUACCCCCUGGGGCGGCAUUGGUAAGUUGCCACAUCAGCAGGCCACGUCAGCAGACCACUUCAGCAGGACACGUCAGCAGGCUACAUAAGUAUGUCAGCAGACCACGUCAGCAGGCCACGUCAGCAGGACACGUCAGCAUUGCCACGUCAGCAGCAAGGGAUACCACAUCAGCAGGCACCGGUUUGGUCUAUGCUGUUGUGUUCACAGACAGCAGUCAUGGACCAGAAGGCCGGGAAAACAGACGAGGCCUAUCAGGCGCGCAUGUUAGCCUCGAGUACUGAGACAAAGAAGAGGGCAGAUGACGCUGCCGCAGCAGCCAAGAAAAGGGCAGAGGAUGCCGAGCAGGCACGUCUGCUGGCCGUGGAACAACAGUGUCAGCACGACGAGGCAACAACAAGGGCUGCUGGUCGUGAGAAGAUAUUCACUGGAGAGCGGGCAUUACUUACCAUGGCAGCAGAAUGGCGAAGCGAGGCCGAGAACAGCCAGAGGCGGAGAUCCUUGGUCUCGACGGUAGCUCAGCUCCAGGACCGCCUUCAGUGGGUGGAGCAGCGACCAGUCGCCACUGCUGACGCAGGCUCUUCUUACACUGCCGACCGCCUCACCGCAUUGGAGAUGCACGUCGGCUCCCUCCAGGAUGGCGCACAGUUACAGCAGACCGCGACGCAACAAUUGCAGCAGCGGAUCUGCACUACCGCCACCACCUCGAGUCCGGAGCCGCGCGAGACAACUCCUAAGUUCGAUGGGCAGGAGAUCUUCCACGACUCAAUCAAGACAGAUCCGGUUCCAUGGUUUCGCAAGUUUGAGCUCACGCUGCAGCUCCACAACGUCAAGGAAAACAAGCACCACGCUUACUUGUACUCUCGCUCAGGGGGCGCGUGUCGGGCGUGGUUGGACAACUUGUUGUCCAAGUACGGAGUGGUAGCAACGGACUUGCACACCAUGAUCAACUGGGAUGAUCUGAAGGCGGCGUGGCACAAGCGGCUCCAGGUGGAGCCGCCAGAGAUCAAAGCCAUGGACAAGCUCAUGGUCUUCGAGCAAGGCACGCUGCCGAGUACGGAGUGGAUCGCCGAGUACCAACGCUUGACGUCAGUCCCAGACAUCCAGAUGGGCUUCAAGGCCAUCCGCCACUACUUCAUCUCAAGGUCAUGUCCGGCAUUGAGCAAUGCCCUGACGCAUGUCGAGGACACCUUGACGACGACGGCGGAAUUAUUUGACAAGGCUGCCAGAUCAUCGUCACGAACAAGGAGGCCAAGAACCUCCGUUCAUCUGCCAAAGGAGACGCUCUCAGUUAUUGCGUGGAUCAGUGGAGAUGGUGUGCCAGAGUUGUUCAACACAACCUCUCCAGAGCAGUCAAUGCCAACCGCGGUCUCAAACAUCGUUCAGGCGGCCGUUCGAGGGAAGUUCAUGGUCCGUCUGAUACCAGACGAACCAAUGGGCAGAUUCAUCCUGGACCUGGCGAAUGGCAAGAGGUUGAAAUUCUUCGUCUCAAUCUUUGAUGCUCUGCCGCACGCACCAUCUCUCCGCAUCCGUGAGGGAGCGACACAGCGAUCGUUGGAGAUAGCGAGCUGCGCCUUGCACGAGAGCGAGAGUUCUCGUUCCAGGAUCGAAAAGAGAACCAUGAGUGCGACUUCGACGGCCCUGCGGCGAAUGGCCCAGCAGCAGCGGGCCCGACUUCUUUACCGGAAGACCCUGAAGAACGUUCUCAGCUGGGCGGUCCAUCGCGAGAUAUUUUACCCGGAGGCCGCCAAGGUGAGGGCGGAGUUCGAGCAGAACAGGUUCGAGGAAAAUAUGGAGCGGGUUGACCGUCUGAUAAGCGAAGGCGAGCAGCGGCUGCAAAAGAAGAUCCAUCCUGAUCCCUACAUCGUCCCCGUCGAAUUCGCCGGCUCGAAGUACAAUCGCAAUCCUCCGGUUCCUCCAGAGGUCGAGCUGGUUUACGACUUUGGGAAGGAGCAAUACUGAUUGUUCCUAUUCGUUGACGUCAACCCCGGCGAAGUACAAUCGCAAUCCGCCGGUUCCCCCGGAGGUCGAGUUGGUUUACGACUUUGGGAAAGAGGAGGGACACUGAUUGUUCUUAUUCGUUGACGUCAACCCUUCUUUCUUGUAGUAUGGUCCACAUCAUGCGAACUUCUUCUUCGCACAUUAUGGAUUUUAUCUUUUUUUGGAUUUAAGUGGUUUUUUUUUUUUUUUUUUUUUUCCGAUUCAAGCUCCCCACUACUUUGAUGCCGAGGGUGUGACGAUGCGGUCUUAUCCGUUGACGUCAACCGCAAAUGGGUGGUUUUGAACUGGCUUAGAGAUUGCCUGAUCAUUGUUACAUAUAUAUAUGACUUUGACUUUGUGCCGAUCUCA